UUAUAAACCGUUUGAUUUAAAUAUUUAAAUUUUAGUGAGUAGUCGAAAUAUUAAUUAGUUAGAAUAACGAACUAGGUAAAUUUUAUGUGUGUUUUUAAAUGAUAAAAAUAAUUAAUGAUGAAAUCUAUGAAUAGUUAAUAUGUUAGUGGCAAAACUGUAAUAAAUACAUAAAAGAGAAUUAAUAAAUAUCUGCCAAAAUUAUUAUGGUAAAUACAUUUAAUAACUAGUUAAGAUGAUUGAAAAAUGUAAAAACCGCAAUAAAACAUUUUAAACCGGUAAAUUUUGAUUUGUACUUUUGUUUUAAUAAGAUAGAAGAUAAAUAACUGUCUUUAAUUUCAGUGUGUUUCUUUAUGAUUUCAUAUCUACUACAAAACACAAAGAUAAAGAAAGUGAAAAAGGAAAUUGUUAAUCUCUUAUCUGUUCAAAAAAUGAGAAAUGUUUACUCGUCUUAAAAAGAAAGGAAAUUGCUAGGUUAUACUGAAAAAAUACAGUUUUGUCACCGACUAAAAAGAUCUGAUAAACAUAGGGCCGGCUUAACAAUAUAAAGGAUUCUUGGGCGAAUACAAUUUUUAGGUCUCUAUAAUUAAUUAAUUUUAAUUUUAUCAUCAUAAUAUUAUUAAAAGUAUAUAAAACUUAUCUAAAAUUAUUAAUUUAUUUGUAUUUUGUAAAUAUAAAAAAAACAGACUAUUAUGUCUUUUAAAUAUUGUGUAAAUAUGAGAUUGAAAGUGGAAAAAGAAAAGUUAGACCCUUGUUGUCAUAAAAAAGAAGAAAAAAAAAUCUGGGUCCUUUAUAGUACUAAAUUUGCUUGAUUUUAGGUGGGCCCGGGUGAUUCCACUGUUUGCCCUCCUACCUAAGCAUUGGAUAAACAGUCUGGCCCUUGUGUUAUAAAUAUAAGUAACCCUAUAGGCUAGAGCAAAUCAGCAACAACAAAAAACUUUAAACUCUGUUUCGCCUACUGAUAUUGCUUCUGUAAGUAGUCAUGAAACACAAACUCUCCCACGAAAUCGAUAACUACCCUGAAUCAGACGAUGCGGGCACAAUCAGAGUCACGGCAAAGAUCUUUGGCCAAGAUGAUAACUCGACAUUCACGACUCUGUCCCUUGCCAAAGACUUCAUAGAUGAUGAGAACGAAGAGUGUAAAAGCAAAGAAGACUUGAACUACUUCUUGUUGGAAGCCGGAAUCACCGAAGAUGUUAUCAAUAAUGCGAUAUUGGAGCUAAUUGUUUAUGUUGAUGAGGUAACGUGCCCUGCAAGUAUCGAGUACUCUCCUGGCUGUGCUUUGAAUGUUCGGUUGGAUCUUGUUCCUGAUUAUCUCGAUGAUGAUGAUGACUCUGAGAUUCAAGAAGCUGCUCAAGUCUCGUUUGAUGAUACUAGCAAUAUCCGGUUUGGACCAGCUAGCAAGCUCGUGGUCAAGUCGCUACCCAGGAAAGUAUACAACAAGAAGAUUAAAAAGGAAAAGAAGAAGAACAAGAAGAUGGUUAGCUUGGAAGAGUGCAGGAUUUGUUUGCAAGAGUUUAGCAAUGGAGGAAUGGUUGUGACUUUAUCAUGUGGACAUGAGUUUGACGAAGAGUGUAUCGUAAAGUGGUUUGAGACCAGUCAUGUUUGUUCAUUGUGUCGUCUCGAGUUGCCUUGUCAAGAUGAUGAGCUAUAGCAUGUCAAGAUUGUUGGGUUGAACUCCGGUUGCUUAUUGUAAUAAAUCAUUGUUUAAAUAUCAUUUAAAUCCGAUAUUGUUGUUUUGUUACUUCAGAGUAUGUUUUUAUGUAGUAUCAACAUACCA